AUGGUUUACCUGGGAGACACCAAGUCCUUUUUGGGAGAUACCAAGUCCUUUUUGGGAGAUGCCAGGCUGUACGGAGGAGGGAGGCCAGGAGGAGCUGCUGCAGGUGGAGGUGGAGGCGGAGGCGGAGGGGAGAAACAGAGCCGGAUGCCCCAGCACUGGCAGCCUGAAACAGAUGGAAGUGCUGGUAGUGGCUCCAUCUGUAGCUCUGAGAAUACAGACAUCAUGAUUGAAGUGCUGCGCUCUUUUCGGCGCAGAGGCAGCGGGGUCUUCUGUGCAAACUGUCUGACCACCAAGACGUCGUUGUGGAGGAAGAACUCCAAUGGAGGCUACGUCUGCAACGCAUGUGGUUUAUACCAAAAACUACAUUCGACACCAAGACCUCUAAACAUCAUCAAGCAGAACAACGGUGAACAGAUUAUCCGCCGCCGGACCCGAAAACGCAUCAACCCUGAUUCGCUGUCAUCCGAGACCCCCGCCCCCAAACAACAGCGCAUCGCCAGCGAGGAGCGUGUGAACGGGGAGGAGUCCGACAGAAGUUUUGCGUCAAUCAAAAACCAGCAGCCUUCGCCUCGCUCGCGCUCCCCCCGAUCCACUCAAGCCUUCCUAGCCAACCAAACAUUGGAGAUCCACCGACGAAUGCCUCCUCUGCUCCUCCCCUCGCAUACCCCCUCCUCUUUGGUAGCUGAGGGCAACGGGGGCGUUGCUGAGGGAGGGAUGAUAUCGAAAGGAGAGGGAGGUAAAGGAGGAGGGGGAUCAGAAAGAGGCAGUCCGAUCGAAAAGUACAUGCGUCCGUCCAAACCGUCUAGUUAUUCGCCUCCUGGUUCACCCAUUGAGAAGUACCAGUACCCUCUUUUCUCCUUACCCCUACCAUUAACCCUCUCGCCUGAUUUGACCCCUGAGUCGGAUUGGCUCAGAUUCUGGACCAAGUAUAAGAUGGCAGCCGCCUCUGGGGUCCCUGGUAGCCUCAGUAAUCUCAGCAGCCCUGGUGGCCUCGGAAAUAACGCUCUUUAUCUCGGUGCAAUGGUGGCUCCAGGACAGCAUCAUCAGCAAAGCUACACGGUGCCUUACUGCGCCUCUCCUUACUCUCCUCUUCCCCCUCCUCCAGCCCCUCCUCACUAUCCUCCUCCUCCUCCUCCUGUUCAUUCCCAAACCUCAUCACCGUCACUAGAAAAUGAUGCUCCAUUGGAUCUCGCAAUAAGACAAAGAGAUACAAGUGCUGCAAAUGCACACAUGUCAACAAACGGGGCAGAGAGGAGACGGCAAGAGUCUCCACUCGCUGAGAGGUUGAGAGAGAACUGGAAAGGAGAGAAAGAAGAGGAGGAUGAGGAGAGGAUGGAUGAAGGAGGGAGCUCAAAGGAGGAGGUAGGAAGCGAAGAAAAGGAUCAUUUGACGAAAUGUCGGCCAAGUGUCCCAUCGAAUCGCGCAAUGGUGGAUGUGGCCACGCAGGACGACCUCACCAACCGCUGCAUCCACUGUGGGAUCUACUUCCUGGACGAGGUCAUGUAUGCCCUGCACAUGAGUUGCCACGGCGACCAGGAACCGUACCAAUGCAGUUUUUGUCUCCACGUGUGUGCGGAUCGCUAUGAUUUCACCACCCACAUACAAAGGGGCUUACACAGGUACUCGGACAAAACGCCACACAAGAGGGGUCACGAGCAAGAUGACCUCACCCCAAACGUCACGGUGAUGUCGGAGCAACAAGAUGUGACGCCGGAGGAAAACGAGAAAGGUGAUCAAAGUGAGAUCCCAGAUGAAAGCAGCGAUGUCGUCGGAGUUUGUCAUGAAAACCAAGAAAAGGAAACUACAGGCAACGAUGCCACUGACAAUGAAACAGAAGUUGAAAAGGUGGUAGGAGGAGAGGGUCAUGACAUCACAGACCAGGUUUUGGGAGAUGAGAUGGUGUCAGAUAGUGAUGAUGUCGUCACAAAAUCCACGGAGGUGUCGACUGUUGCUGAAUCGGAAAACGUAGAUGAGAACACAGAGAGUAAUUAAUCCGAUGCCUUUAGACUCACACAAACCUUUAAGAACGUGUUUUUAUCUAAUGAAUAAGCUGUCUGCCUCCACGUUCCUGGAGGCUGGCUCAUGUCACAGUGGGCACUAAAUGGAACACAUUCUUAUGCUGGAAGCACUCGGCUGUCAAAUGGUCAAAAAUCAUUGUAGGAUCCCGCUCAACUGCUGCAGGGACAGUUGGGAGAAAUAGCCCGAAUCCUGCGUUGAGUGACAGCCACGUGGCGAGAAUUUAACGACGGCGUCCGGGGAAAUGCAGCUGAAUUCACCUUUAACAAACAGCCACUUCAUGUGCUCUCCCAAAAUAAGAGGAAAGCUGAAACUGAAAGUUGGACUGCUCUCAUUUAGGAUGAGUUUGAGGAGCUCAGCACUUGCACAGCCAUCAUA